UUCAGUAACAUGUUCAGUAACUUCCGGUAACAGGUUCGCUAUCUCUCAGUAACCAGUGGAGUACUGCUCUGCUUAGGCACAAUGUGGGUCCCAGCCAUAUGCUAUCACUGUCCUUAACCCCCCUGGCGGUAUUCCCGAGUGUAGCUCGGGGUAAAGUUUCAGUACCACAAGCGGUAACCCCGAGCUACACUCGGGAAUACUAUGCAGCGCUGCUCCGCGAUCCCUCGAUCACUUACCUUGUCCUGCGCUCCCCGCGAUGUCCCUCCUGCAGUGUCCCCGGCAAUGUAAUCCGGCGGAUGCCGGCAUCUGUCAUCUGGGUUCUGUCCCCUGUGAGCGUCGGGAUGUACGGGGGACGGAACGGCGGGAAAUUUAAAAAUGACAAAAAGUGACAUUCACUAAAAUCACUAAAAUCACAUAGUAAAACAUUACUGUAUCAAACCAUUUCACAUACAU